CCCUGUUUCAGUGUCUGGGUUCGAAAGAGAGAAGACAAAGAGGAGUGAGAAGAGAGAUCGGCGAUCACUCGAUCAACCAGUGGCGAUCUGGCAAUGGAGAAGUACGAGGUCGUGCGAGACAUCGGAUCCGGGAACUUCGGGGUCGCGAAGCUGAUGCGCCACAAGGAGACCAAGGAGCUCGUCGCCAUGAAGUACAUCGAGCGCGGUCGCCGGAUUGAUGAGAAUGUGGCGAGGGAGAUCAUCAACCACCGCUCCCUUCGGCAUCCUAACAUCAUCCGCUUCAAGGAGGUUUUGCUGACGCCGACGCAUCUUGCGAUCGUGAUGGAGUAUGCCAAGGGCGGGGAGCUCUUCGAUCGGAUCUCCGACGCCGGGAGAUUUAGCGAAGACGAGGCGAGAUAUUUCUUCCAGCAGCUCAUUUCCGGGGUCAGCUACUGCCACUUUCGGCAAAUUUGCCACCGUGAUCUGAAGCUGGAGAACACCUUGCUCGACGGCAGCCCUGCGCCGCGCCUCAAGAUCUGCGAUUUUGGCUACUCCAAGUCGUCGCUGUUACAUUCGAAGCCGAAAUCGACGGUGGGGACGCCAGCGUACAUCGCCCCAGAGGUCCUCUCCCCCCGCGAGUACGACGGGAAGCAAGCAGAUGUAUGGUCAUGUGGAGUCACCCUCUACGUCAUGCUUGUGGGAGCAUAUCCAUUUGAGGACCAAAACGAUCCUAAAAAUAUUAAAAAGACCAUCAGAAAAAUAAUGUCAGUUCAAUACAUGAUACCAGACUACGUCCACGUAUCUCAGGACUGCAAGCAACUCAUUUCUCGUAUCUUUGUUGCCAAUCCAAUGAAGAGGAUUACCAUAAAGGAGAUAAGAAGCCAAGCUUGGUUCAUGACGAACUUGCCUAAGGAGCUUACAGAAACAGCACAGGCUUUGUAUUAUAAGAGGGACAUCAACGCUCCCACUUUCUCCACCCAGAGCGUGGAUGAGAUCAUGGAGAUUCUAGCAGAUGCCAGAACACUCUCAAAGCCAAUGCGAUCUUUAUCAAUCUAUGGGUGGCCUCAUGAUGAAUCAGAAGGAGAAGACGACAAUAACAAGGAAGAGAACGAGGAGGAGGAGGAGAAGGAAGAAGAUGAUGAAUAUGAGAAGACAGUGAAGGCAGUACAUGAUACUGGUGAAUUCAAGAUCGGUUGAUGUGCAAUUCCAAAUAUUGACGAUACCGGCCAGUGGGAAUAUUUAGAGCAGUUAGAAUCUGUAAUCCAUUGCCCCUCCAUUCUACUGUAAAUCAUGGAUGAAAGGUUUACUAGUUUGGUACCUUCUUGCUAUUUACAUUUGUACUACAAUUUCGAAGUAUGUGGUAGAAUAAGUUAAAAAUUUAAUAAAAUGAUC